AUGUUGAGUCCACUCACAAAGCUUUUUGUGCCAUGCACAUUGCUCUCUUUAUUCACAUCUCCCACUACCAGCGCCCCUCUAACCACCCGCAACAUCUCCUCAACGCCCCUGCGCAUCCUCCCUCUCGGAGACUCUAUUACGUGGGGCUGGUCAAACGGUCAAGGCACAAAUGGGUAUCGCAAAGAACUCCUUGAGCGCCUUGUGGCCUCAGGUGCCAGCGUUGACUUCGUCGGCACUCAGACGUCAGGCAAUAUGACCGACAACCAAAACGAAGGCCAUCCAGGUUGGACCAUCGACCAAGUGCACGCCGUACUAGGCCCCGCACUUGACUUCAAACCCAAUGUCGUUCUGAUCCAUCUUGCAACGAACGAUUUGAACAUGGCUGAGACAGCCGCAGAGGCAUGGAGUGAGGCGCCUGAACGACUGGGCGGUGUUAUCGAUGAUGUGAUAAAGAGGUUGCCUGAUGCGGCCGUGUUUGUCGCGAAGAUUAUUCAGACGAAGAUUGCAGAGAGCCAGAAGAGGUUUGAUGCGUAUAAUGCGGCGAUUCCGGGGGUGGUGAAGGAGAGGGUGGAUAAGGGAUUCAGUGUAGUGGUUGUGGACCAGAGUGUUGUUGGGACGGAUGAGUUGGGUGAUGAUUUACAUCCGGAUCCUGCUGGAUAUGCUCAUAUGGGCAAUAUCUGGGCGGAUGCUGUACUGAAUAACCAGGCUCUCCUCAAGCCAGUGCCAGCAAUUCGCUCGCUGUUGUUCACGAUGGGUGUUUUUGACGGAGAGCGUCUCACCCAAUUCGCUGUUUGGGCCCCAGUUGCCUUCUUCGUGUACUUCUUCACGGUAGCAGUAUACCGAAUUACCCUCCAUCCCCUCGCUAAAUACCCCGGUCCCCUCCUAUGGCGCAUCUCCCCCAUCCCGUCCAUAAUCUCCCUCCUCCGCGGUCGCAUCUCAUUCGACUACAAAGUUCUCCACGACAAAUAUGGCCCCGUUGUGCGCGUCAUGCCUAACGAGCUCUCCUUCAACACCGCAAAAGCAUGGGAAGACAUAUACGGGCACCGCGUGGGCAUGCCCAACAUGGACAAGGAUCCUAUUCACGUUGGCGCUGUUGAAGCUAUUCCGGGUGCAACAAAUUUGACAAUGGCACCGGAUGUUCAUCAUGCGAGGCAGCGAAGGGCACUUGCGCAUGCGUUCAGUAAGCAGGCGCUGUUGGAGCAGGAGCCGAUUCUGAAGGGGUAUGUGGAACUUUUUGUGAAGAGGCUUAGGGAGAUGGCGCAUAGAGGCGAGCAUGCGAAUAUGGUCUCCUGGUUCAAUUUCUGUACUUUUGACAUCAUUGGUGAUUUGAGCUUUGGCGAACCGUUUGGGUGCUUGCAGGAAGGCGAAGGAUCAGAAUCAGCAAACUGGGUCGUUCUCGUCUAUGAAUCUAUCAAAGCCGGCGCCCUCGAACAAGCUACCCGCCGCUUUGCGCAGCCAGGGAGUUUCGGACAGCGCUGCAUGAUGUGGUGCAUCCCAUCUGCAAUCCGCGAACGACGUUACAAGCAUUUGCGUAACUCGACUGAGAAGACGAACCGCCGAAUGGCCACAAAGACCGAUCACCGUGACUUCAUCUGGUACAUCCUCAAGCAGCGCGAGAAAAAGAACGAAGUCUCCGAUGAUGAAGUCAUUAUGAAUGCUGCGCUUUUUAUUGUCGCCGGCAGCGAAACCACCGCCACCGAACUCUGCGGCCUAACAAACUAUCUCCUACGUAAUCCCGAAAAAUACCGCCGCAUCAAAGAUGAGCUCCGCUCCGCAUGCAAAUCCGAAGCAGACCUCAACAUGGACGUGCUUGGCAGUCUUCCUUACAUGAAUGCCUGCAUUGAAGAGGGUUUGCGCAUCUUCCCGCCUGUGCCCAUCGGCCUCUUACGCACCGUGCCCAAAGGCGGCUCUCUGAUCGACGGCUACAUGGUACCCGAGUAUACUUCUGUCUGCGUCGGUUCAUGGGCGGCUGCGCACUCGGCGAAUAACUUCGCGGACCCGGAUUCUUUUAUUCCUGAGAGGUUUCUGGACACGCCGGAGAACAAGGCGCGCUAUGGGAACGAUGUCAAGAAGGCGGCGCAGCCGUUUUCGCUUGGUCCAAGAGGGUGCAUCGGCAGAAAUCUGACGUAUGUGGAGCUGAGAUUGAUUCUAGGAGCGUUGCUGUGGCACUUUGACCUUGAGUUUGCGGAUGGUGCACCGUUGUGGAAUCCCAAAGAUGAGUUCAAGGGGUUGAGGGCGUAUAACACCUGGGAGAAGAGUCCAUUGAUGGUGAAGUUAACGGAUAUCAAGACGCCGGCGUGA